AUGCUGAAGCGCGAGCAGUUGCUGGAGGGAGUCUACGAUUCGUUCCGGAAAACCCCCAUUACUCUCUUGGCAUCUCCAAGAGUUUCGGGGAAGACGACGUUACUAAGAUCAUUUGCUCGCCGAUACCCUGGUGUCAAUUGCAUCUACGUAUCGUUUCUUCACGAUUCGCCAGCGACCGAGCUGCUGUUGACGUGUGGGAUCGACUUCGUUCAGAGGGUAUCACGUCUCAGUGUUGAGGAAACCCAUGUUAUCAUGAUCGAUGAUGCCCAAGCUCAGUACGACGACAAAGCCUUCUGGGAUUUGUUUGCCUGCACCACCAUUUCGUGGUUGCCAGACAACGCCCGCUUUAUUAUCUCGGCAACGUACGCAAUGGAGAGU